ACCUUAUGUUGGCAAAAGCGCAAAGUGUCCCAAAACUUUUGGCCAGGGUUGUAUGCACGCACUGCGCACCUAUGUUUUCUGAUAGGGCUGGAGACUGGGCACAAAAUUAAUUCUGAAAAUGGCGGACAAGGUAAGCGAAACAUGGUCCGCAUGAAAGCUUACAAAAUCCAAGAUGUUAACAGAAAGAAAAGGACAGGGAUAGUAGCAGACAGUUUUGCCGAUCUGAAGCAGAAAGGGAUGAAAAAGCUGGCUAUGACCACGGACUGUAGAGUGUAUCUCGAAGAUGGGACUGAAGUGGAGGAUGACGAUUAUUUGAAUACUCUACCUCUUCAAACAGUUUUUGUCUUUGCACGACCAGAAGAGACUUGGGAAGGAUAUGUGACGGUUCUCAAACAUGCUACUGAGAAGAUUUUCAGGGCAAUGUCACAACGAGACGAGAUCAUUGAUCAGAUUUAUGAUUUUAUACAUUGCUCUGAAUCCAAUGAGAUGUACAGUGUCAUGGUGGAGCUUGUCAAUCGUUUAGAAGAUAAUAUUAAUGCAGAGAAGCGUAGUGAGGACGAAGCUUGGUUUGAUGGACUUAAACAGUCAUUUAACACCAAGGAGGAGUUUAUGAGAGAUGCAGCAAAAUCAAGAGUUAGGAAGUACUUCUCCAAUGCAAAGGAAUCUUUUGAAAAAGCAUCAAAAAGAGCUCAAAACAUCCUUUCAAAAACUCUGGAGCAGUUUCAAGGUGAACUGAGAAAACAGCAGUAUUAUGGUGACUAUUUUGCUCGAUCUGCAAGUCAGGAGCUGCGUCUGUGCUGUGACAAGGGCUGGUUCAGUUGUGAGGGUCCUUAUAAUGAAGAAAAUUGUUUCAAAAUGCAUAAGAUCAACCCAUAUGGCAGCAAAGAAAGGAGAGUCCUGUUUAGUACAUGGAAUCUUGAUCAUGUAAUUGAGAAGUCUCGCCAGAUUUUCCCAGCAAUGAUCCAAGCUGCUGAAAAGUGUCCUAAAGGAAGCCAACUGAACUGGAAAUACUUUUUUGACCUGCUUUUCACUAGGAAGAAUCUCAAACUGGUCCACAUUGGCUGCCAUGUGAAAGGAGAGCAUGAGGGAUUUGAAUGUCAAUCCAGAUCUUUUUACGUGAAGUCAAGGCGGUAGCAUAUUGCCGUUUUAGAGUGAUUUUACAAUAAUAUAACUAUUUCUAACAAUUAGGAUAAAAUUAUGUGAUGAUUUCUCAAAAUGAAUAUUCAUUCAUUUUAUUAGGGACCAAACAAAGCAAAGCAAAACAAAACAAAACAAAACAAAAGAAAGAAGGAAGGAACGAAAAAAGUCACAAAACUCGAACUGGACCACUCUAUCGGCCCGUUUCUUUUAUACUGUUAAAGAAAUAAAGAACCUGAAACUAUGCAACAGUAACAAAAAUCAUUUGAGAACGGGAGAGAACUUUUUUAAAUUGAUGGUUUGUUUACAACCUUCAUGGUCUCUAUUUGUACACGCACAAAAACAUGAAAACAUGGUGGUGUGUGCUUUAUGGAAGGGAUCAAGGAAUAAGUCUUUGUACUCUGAUGAAGACCAUAGCCGAAUAAUUUUGCUCCCAAGGUGGAGAAAAGCGAACUCGAUAUGAGUCGCGAGUUGAAGCUUGGAUAUAAUGGUAAGAUUUUGAAAAUUUUUGGGUGAUUUUUUGACGAGAUUUGUCUGGACUCCAUGCGCUGCACAGGUUCCCAAAACGUGUACAUGGGACCAAACGAAAGUUACACGACAACAAACACAGUACCGAUCACAACUGACGAAAUAAAGACACGAUGUAUAUGCA